GAUGAGCCUUCAAUUUCAAAAUGCACAACCAAAGAAAGCAGUAACAACAACGUUGGUAUUAUUGUUAUUGUAUUGUUGUUAGUCUUUGAGUUGAACCUUUGUGAGGUCCCUCCUUGGAGCCCAUGGUUGGUCUCUCUGUUGUGGAGUUCAACCACUGCUCCAACGGCCUCCUUCUCUCUCUUCAAACCCACCCUUUUCUUCAAGCUUUUAAGGUUUCUCUUUGCAACCGCUGAUUUGAAAAAAGAGAGAUGUGGUUUUGAGUCCUGACUGGUUCAGAUUCUGGCAAUCGUGUGCCAUACGUUGUGUCUCUGUCAAAUAUCAACCAACUUGACUCAGAAAUGGAGGGUUUUGGUGUGUAAGCUAGAAAAAUUCAAAGGUUGACAUUUGUUUUAUUUUGUCAAAGAGGCUGGUGAUGUCUCCUGAACCACAAUUUUCAACAAUUCAGCAAGAGUUUUGCUAGGGUAAGUAAGUUCAAUUGUUACUAAUAUUUCUGGGUUCGUUGAGGAAGGAGGAAAUUGGUAUGGCUGUUGCCAAGAGCAACAGCAGCAGUGAACCUUGUACUUCAUACAAUUGUUACAAAGUAGGAGGCUUGACUGAAACCAUAUUAGACACAAAUCAUAUCUCUAAUUUGAAAGAUCGGUACGUUCUUGGGGAGCAAUUGGGUUGGGGGCAGUUUGGUGUCAUAAGGGCAUGCUCUGACAAGUUAACAGGAGAGGUUUUGGCCUGCAAAUCAAUUGCUAAAGAUAGGUUGGUUACUUUGGACGAUUUGAGAAGUGUCAAACUCGAGAUAGAAAUAAUGGCUAGGCUAUCUGGGCACCCCAAUGUUGUAGAUCUCAAGGCAGUUUAUGAAGAGGAAAGUUUUGUUCACUUGGUGAUGGAGCUUUGUGCUGGAGGAGAGCUGUUUCACCGAUUAGAGAAGAACGGACGGUUUUCCGAAUCUGAUGCCAGGGUUCUCUUUAGGCACCUAAUGCAGGUGGUUUUGUAUUGUCAUGAAAAUGGGAUUGUUCAUAGAGAUCUCAAGCCUGAGAAUAUUCUCUUAGCUACACGAGCCUCCUCAUCUCCUAUUAAGUUGGCAGAUUUUGGGCUUGCAACCUACAUCAAGCCUGGUCAGAGUUUACAUGGGUUAGUUGGGAGUCCAUUCUAUAUAGCUCCAGAGGUACUGGCUGGUGCAUAUAACCAGGCUGCUGAUGUGUGGAGUGCAGGUGUUAUUCUUUAUAUUUUAUUGAGUGGGAUGCCUCCAUUUUGGGGUAAGACCAAAUCACGAAUAUUUGAAGCUGUUAAAGCUGCUUCCCUGAGAUUUCCAUCGGAACCUUGGGAUUGCAUUUCUGAAUCAGCUAUGGAUCUGAUCAAGGGAAUGUUGUGCACAGACCCUUCUCGAAGGCUCACUGCCCAAGAGGUUUUAGAUCAUUGCUGGAUGGAAAGCGAUCAAACAAAUCCUGAACAACUGAGUGAACAUAAAAUUAAAAGUUAUGAAGAAUGGGAUGUUGGUGGCAGCUCAUUCUCUGCCUCAUUUAUGUCCAGGAAUCAAGACAUCAGCUUUGGCACUGGUUUGCCUACCUGCGACGCUCAAUCACCUACAUUCACUUGCAGAUCUUCAUUUUCUUCUUUUUUGGUGGAGCCGGUGUCUCCUUCUCUAGUUUCUGGUGGUUUUUCAUUUCAGAGCACAGGCGAUUCCCCUACUGGUUUGGAAUUUUCUUCGCCUGUUCCCUCUAUGCUUAGCUUUUCAUUUGUCAGCCCUGCAUCAGUUGCUGAGCAAAAGGCUUGUAAGUUAGAGUGCUCAGCUGACAUGUCAGAGGUUAAUGCAAUUGCUGGAGAAGCAAACUUGGGAAAGUUACUUAUGCUACAAGAUUCUCCCUUUUGCAUUGGACAUGAUGUUAAAGAAAUGGAUCGCAGGCCAGUGGAGACUAAAAGGGCAGGUGGAAUGAAUGGACAUAGGGUAUUGGGAAUCCACAGCAAGAGGAACAGGACAAUUGGACUGGGCGAGUGUGAGCAACUUGACCUUGUGGUCACUGAAUCAGUCAUCCGUUGGUCUUCAUGCACUCAACUCCCUACAUCUUUGAGAUCAUCUCUUGUCUGCUAAACUGAUAGAAGACUCAACUCGACUUGACUCAUUGAUCGAUUUGCUUCAUGUUGUGCCUAAAUUCUGGCGUACUUGUGCAAAUUUUGGUUGCCUUAACACAUUGUACAUGUUUUUCUUAUUUGUAUUGAUGUUAAACUGUCUUGUGGCUGGUGCAAGGUUUUGUUCAGUUUUGGUGGCGGUUUAGUUGUGUCUGAUUGAGAAGCGGUACUACACUAAUUAUUCACUUUCUUAGUUUUUCCUCCUCCUCCUUUUCCCUUCUCAUGUACCAAGUGUGAGUAAAAGGCAUUCAAUCUGCCUGGUUUGUAAAUGUUGUUGUAUCUUGAUGACGGUACUUAAGUUAUCUUAAUCUAAUGUUUCUGUUACACGUUUUUUCC